GGGAGGGCGCACAGUCCCAGCCAGAGCUUCAAAACAGCCCGGCGCCUCGCCUGCCUCGCGUGCAGCCCGUCCGUCUGUCUGUCCGGCCGCCCGCGCCUGCACCUCGCUCUGGUGACUGCCGCUCGCCCUCCUGGGAACAUGCUGGUGCUUCUCUUCUCCAUCAUCGUCUUCCACAUCGCCUCUGCCACACUGCUGUUCAUCGCCACCAUUGACAAUGCCUGGUGGGUAGGAGAAGGCUUUUUUGCAGAUGUGUGGAGAGUCUGCACCAACAGCUCGAAUUGUACAGAAUUCACUGACAGCUUUGAUGAUUACCCCACGCUGCAGGCCGUGCAGGCCACCAUGAUUUUGUCCACCAUCCUGUGCUGCAUGGCGUUCCUCAUCUUCCUGCUUCAGCUCUUCCGCCUCAAGCAGGGAGAGCGAUUCGUCCUGACCUCCAUCAUCCAGCUGAUGUCCUGUCUGUGCGUCAUGAUUGGGGCCUCCAUCUACACAGAUCGGCGCCAAGACCUCCACAGCAACAACCCCGAGUUCUAUGGGGCCAUGAUGGCGGAAGGCAGCUAUGGCUAUUCGUACAUCCUGGCCUGGGUGGCCUUUGCGUUCACCUUCGUCAGUGGCCUCAUGUACCUGAUCCUCAGGAAGCGCAAAUAGGCACCCAGGAGCCGCCUCCUGCAGGACGGCACCCACAGUCACUCAACCGUUUUGUAUAUAAGCACUUUUUUUUUUUUUUUGUGGUUUUUCUAGCAAACAUAU